GUGGCCUCCGUGGGUGCGAGUCAGAGGGUGUGAGAUCCGUAGAUUCAACAAUUUUGCACUGCGAAAGAAGCUUGCAGGCGCCGCACAAGCUGUUCUGAAGCCCCACACCUGAAGAUGCAAGUGGGGGAAGCCAAAGCCCUCCACACGACGAAGCGUUCGUCGGGCAUUGAUGUGUCUGAUGCCAGCUUGGCGGAAGCUUGGGCGAGCAUUCGAACGGACGGCGAACCUCAGACGAAUUGGUGUGCCUUCACAUACGCCGAGGGAUCGAACUCAGUGAUAAAGCUGCUCGGGUCAGGGAUCGGCGGGGUAUCGGAGCUCUGUUCCACCCUUCUUGAUUCGAUGGUAGCCUUUUGUGGAGUUAGGGUGGGCGACGAUAAAGGAUCAGCUCGAUUCCAUCGCAUCCUGUUCGUCGGGGAAGAGGUCGGUGGCAUGAAGAAAGGGCGAGCAGCUCUCGCUAAAAACGCCGUGUUUGCGGUAUUCGAGGGAGCAUCGGGCGGAGAUCAUGAUUUCAGCUCCGUCGAAGAUUUGUCAGUGGCAUCAGUCUUCCAAUAA